CGCUGUGGCGACAACAACGCAAAAAGUGAAACUUAAACUAAAAAUUAAUUGUGCUGAAUUUAAUCGCUCAAGCUAAGCUCAGAAGCAAAUAGGGGGGUGUUGAGAGUCGACAUGUUGCUGACCUUGUUUGUGGGCGCGCUAGCAUUGCUGCUGGCCUGGGACUUUGGACGCAAGAGACACAGCUAUGCGACUCUUUCCAAGUCGGGUAUCACAGGUCCCUUGUCGAUACCAGUGCUUGGCUGCGGUCUUCAGGCCAUGCAAAUAGGCGCUGAAAACCUAAUCGACUAUGUGGGCAACUGCUUUGAGAAGUACGGCAAGACCUUUCGCAUGUGGAUUUUAAGUGAAUCGCUCGUUUAUACCACAGAGCUAAGCCACUUUGUGUCCAUACUUAGUAGCACAACAUUGUUGGAAAAAGGUCAACUUUAUGAGUUCUUGCGUCCCUUUCUCAACGAUGGGCUGCUGCUAAGCGUGGGUAGAAAGUGGCACACGAGACGCAAGGUCUUCACCAAUGCUUUCCACUUCAAGGUGCUGGAGCAUUACGUUGGCAUUAUGGACAAGCACAGUGGUAUUUUGGCAGAAAAACUAGGCAACUUUGCCGAUGGUCAGCAAGUGAUUGAUACUCUUAAAUAUGUGUCUCUAGCAGCGCUGGAUAUCAUAACAGAGACGGCAAUGGGAGUGCAGGUAAAUGCACAAAGCGAUCCUGAAUUCCCGUAUAUAAAGGCCUUAAAAAGCGUUGUUUACAUUCAGCCUGACCGCAUGCUCAAGUUCUCACAGCGUUACGAGUGGCUUUUUAAGCUGACGGCACCGUUGUUGCACCGCAAGCUGGUUAGCGAUAUACGAAUCAUGCAUGACUUCACCGAGAAGGUCAUCCGCGAGCGACGCGCCACUCUGGACCGCGCCAUAGCAGAGGGCAGCUACCAUCCGCUGAGUCUGGGUGAUACCGACAUUGGCAGCAAGUCGCAAAUGGCGCUGCUGGACAUUCUGCUACAGGCUUCCAUACAGGGCGUUCCGCUGAGCGAUGCCGACAUACGUGAGGAGGUGGACACUUUUAUGUUUGAGGGUGAUGAUACCACCAGCAGCGGCGUCUCUCACGCGCUCUACAGCAUUGCCAGGCAUCCAGAGGUGCAAGCAAAGGUCUACGAGGAACUAUUGCAGGUACUGGGAAAAAAUCGUGAGGCUCCAGUUACCCAAGCACAUCUGCAACAACUUAAAUACCUAGAUUGCGUAAUCAAAGAAACUAUGCGUCUGUAUCCACCGGUGCCCGCUGUGGGCAGAUACACGCGCAUGGAUCUCAAGUUGGGCAACCAAGUUAUUCCCGCCAACACUAGUAUAUAUUUGGUGUUGUACUUUGCUCAUCGCGAUCCUGAAUAUUUUCCUGAUCCGCUCAGCUUCAAGCCGGAGCGCUUUUUAGACGACACACAGGAUCGACAGACAUUCACAUAUUUGCCUUUUAGUGCUGGUCCAAAAAACUGCAUUGGUCAGAAGUUUGCCAUGUUGGAGAUGAAGGCGUUGAUCAGCAAAGUACUCAGAUACUACGAGCUGUUGCCACGCGGACCUGAGGUUAGGCCCAUGAUGAACUUUAUUCUUCGAUCAACAACUGGCAUGCAUAUAGCCUUAAUACCCAGGAAGAUUUAGUCAUUAAAAUCAAAGUUAAUUUAGAUUAUGAAGGGGUUGAGCGCUGUUUUCUGAGGGAUCUCGUACACUUGCAUUGGGUUAUAUAAAUAUAAAUAUGGAUUAAUUUGUUAUUCAAACAAUGAGUGCAUUUUAUUCAGAGCCAUGUGUACAUCUAAUUGUCUGAGUCAGACUAACAACAAUAUUUGCAAAGA